UCAAUUUUGGAAUGUAUUAUCCCGAAAUGUAUUAAUUCAGUAAGCCUAGCGACACGCAUUGUUAAGACGAUCCAAUCCUAUAAAGAUUUUUGUUAUAAAAUCAAGAUAUAAGUUACUGUACAUCUUUGUCGGUUUGUUUGUAUUGCUCCAUAACAGUUCGUUGAUUGAGGUUAAUACCGAUCGGUUAAAGAUGGUAUACGCUGGACGACUCAUUGGAAUACGGAAUAGUGUUCAAGCAGCAUGAGGGCCGUCCAAUAUAUAAUGUGUAUGCUGGAAAUUAUUGGAGCUCGGUUUGUACUCGGUCAGUACACUGCCGCAUACGAAACAGCCAUUCGCAGCAACACUUUGCUUGAUGGAGGUUACGAUCCUAUUUCCCGUCCCAAGGCUACCACAGAGGUCAGAGUCGGCAUCGGUAUCCUAGCUAUCGAUCAACUGGAUCUUCGAAACCAGAUGUUCACGUUUGCUGGUUGGAUGGAGGUGGAAUGGCGGGACGAGAGACUGAAAUGGACCCCGGCAGCAGGAAAUGGGAACAUAGAGAGCGUCUUCUCAACGAGCGACAUUAUAUGGAAACCGGAAUUAGUCAUAGACAAUGCGUUAGAGGACCUAGGCGUGAUUACGGCAGACAAUCUCAACCUCAGAUAUGAUUUCGAAGGAGAUGUGAAGUGGGAACCUCCCAGACUUUUCAACGUUCACUGUCAGGUUGACGUGACGUUCUACCCGUACGACCAACAGAAGUGCUCCAUAGUUGUGAUUGGAUGGAGCUACACGGUUGAAGAAGUGGAUCUAGCAUUCCUGUCCAAGGCUAUCAACACUGACGACCUCGAAACACACGGCGAAUGGAUCGUCACGCAGACGGAGACCGUGAAAGCUGUGUUAGAGGAAACACUGGAAGACGGUACUAAACGUCGAUUUCCACAACUUGAGUUCUGGAUAAGCAUCCAGCGGCGACACGCGUUUUACAACCUCAACGUCAUCAUGCCUGUGGUAGUGACGUCACUACUGAUCGCACUGACGUUCAUCGUGCCAUUCGAAUCAGGCGAGAAGCUCUCCUACAUUCUCACAGUUUCUGUCCCUAGUCGUGCUCCUUACUCUAUGUACCUCGGGAUCGUGACGGUCCUGUCGGCGGUAGGGAUGCUGACAACAGUCCUGCUGCUGAUGGUCUACCACAACGAGGAUGGUAUCAGCGAGUCUACAUCCGCCUCAAGUGAAUGCAUUUUGUUGAUCGCUAGGGUCGCCGCUACAUUAAUCUGCUCGUCCAAAAGACACCUCAUAGGGCGGCGGGUCUCAUCAAAAGUGGUAAAAGUGGUGCCCGUGAAUGGUCAUGAACAUGCAGCCUUGGAACAGCGCGUGAAGAGCGCUGAAUCAGGCAAAAAGGGCGCCGACGACGAAAAAGCAAACGUAACCUGGCAGGAUGUGGCUAUAAUUCUGGACAGAUUCGUCUUUAUUGUAUUCCUGGCGGUGACUGUCGCCAUUAACUUUGGAUUUCUGGUAGGACUCGUUGUUGGUGGGAAAACGACUGUUCCAUAA